UUUGUAUGUUGUGUUCUGUGAAAGGAAGAAUCAUCUCCGUCAAAGUUUAUUGGCGAGACGACUCAGCUCGCUCGUGGGCGAGUCCUCGUUUAGGACCGGCGGUUAUGUUGCUAUUUUCGUCGAUAGAGUAGAUUUAGUGGUGGAGAAGAAUUUCAGUCAUGGCAGGGGCUUCUGUGAGGUCAACCGGAGGGCAGGUCGAUGGCCUCACUAUGGCCCUGAUUGACUCUGCCUACGAUAAGCAGAAGAAUGUCAGGGAUGCCAUUUGCUCAGCCCUGUACGAUCUGGGCCUGAAGCAACCCAAACUGGUGCUCAGUUCAUGUGCAUCUUACCUGACGAAGCAUGGAAAGCUUCCAAAGGAACACCGGAUCCUGCUGUUGCGUACCAUGGCAAAGAUCAUCAAGGAGACCAUUGACAAGGUGCCUACAGAUCUGGCAAAGGAAUUGGUACAUCUGGGCUCGAAUGAAAUAGCUCGCUCUCAGGAAGUGGUCCCGGACUGGCAAGGCGCGGCGUCGAAUUUCCUCACUGCGCUUGGAUUCCAGUUUGGCGACUUGGUGAUGAUGGAGCUGCUGCAGCACUUCUCACCCACACAGACGCCACACUUCUUCAUUAUCCAGACUGUGGGCAGCUUAGCAACGCAAAAUGUGUACAGCGUUGUACCACACUUGAAAGACUUGAUGGGUCGAAUGCUGCCAAUGAUGGGAGCUGCGCGGCAAGACAACAUCCGAUGGGUUUUUGCCAGCACCAUUGCCAGGUUUUGUGAAAGCAUCAUCGAGUAUCUAGCCAACAUCGAGAAAGCUCCGAAGAAGAACAUCAAAAAGGAGGACUUUGCGGGCGAAGUUUUCUCUGCGUACGGUGUCAUCUUUGGUGCCUGGUCACAAACCAAAGAGCUGAAGCUUCAGCUAGCUAUAGUGGAGGCUGUCGGUUACAUGGCCCAUCUGUUUGAGACGGAGCGGCUCAGCGCGGAGCUGGGCAAGAUCGUCAACGGGUAUCUAGCCAUGUACAAGCGCCACCCGGAUCACUAUUUCAUUACUCUGGGUAUGUGUCAAGUGUUGUCAGCAUCUGUGGCGGACGGCAGCAAGAUCCUGGAUCCGUUCAUUGACGUCAUCAUGGGCACUGUUCACCCACUCGUAUGCGCGCCAGUGAAUAUGUCUCACUCACAGUCGGUGAAGACGCACAACGAGUUGCUGCGCUGUGUUGCUGUCAUGGCCACGGGCUUCUCUGAUCGCAUCAUCAGCUUCCUAUUUGGCAAGCUCGACUCUAGCUCGGAGCGUUUGCGAAUGGGUACUUUGGAGAUCAUCCGUCACAUUGUCAACUCAUGUGAUGACUGCAUGGAGAACAAGAAGAGCUUGAUCAUCGGUGGUCUGAAGAACACACUACACGAGCCUAGCAACAAGGUGAAGAAGAUGUUGGCACAGACAAUCAUUGCCAUGGCACAUCAUAACUACCUGGCGCAAGAAGGUGGACAUCUCAUGGUGGAGUUCAUCGUGCGCCAGUGCGCCAUGGAUGACUCUGAACUACCGAUGAAGGGUGAAAAGCCCGACCCAGAGCAUGUGACCAAUAAGCAGCUGCGUAUGAUGUGCAAUAAUGUCCUGCACUUGAUGACAACAACGGUCGAUUGUACAGAAGAUGUGCUGUACCCGUACCUGCUGGAGUGCAUCGUGCCCGUGCAGUACACCAACUCCAUGUCCACGGUCUGCUCCAAUCUGGCCAUCAUCGCCGCCAAGAAGCGCAAGGCUGAGUCCGAGGAGUAUGACCUGGACUACGAGGUCCUGGUCAACAUUCCCAAGCCGGCCGCGCUCAUCAGCCGACUGUUUGUGAUGGCCGGACAGCCGCACCCUCGCGCGCGUGGCAUGCCCGUACUGCAGCUCCUACAGUCCAUGGGACCGCAGCUGCACGAGGACAUCUCACAGCUCUUCGACACCGUCAUACCACGUCUCAUCGCCUACCUACAAGAUUCCGAGGAUAACGACAAGCCCUGGAAUCAGAAGUCGUGGGAGGACCUGCUCCUGAAGUUGCUAUCCAAGACGCUUGAUGAAGUCAUGGACGAGGAGUGGAUAUCAGCACUUGGUCAGGAGAUGGGACUGCACCUGAACCUUUACGGCCAUCUACCGGAUGAGAAGAACUUCCUCUACAAAUGCAUUGGUGUUGUGAUGCGCAAGUCCACAAACAAACAGUUCAUUGCUGACCAUCUCAACCUCAUCUUCUCGACCGUGAAGCACACGAGCCAGGUAGAACGAGAGGGCUGUGCAAUAGCUCUUGGCUUUUGUGCAGCAUCUCACUUGGAUAUGGCUAUUGAGAAGUUGGAGUUUGUCACCAGGAACGACAUGAUUCGCAAGUCCACCGGUAUCCUUGGCUUGAUGAAGGACAAGUCUGAAGCGGACGUGGAGCGUAUCAAGAGUACGGUCAUGUUGUGCUACGGUUAUGUCACACUCUUCGCCCCUAUCGACCUGAUCACAUCGCGUGUUGAGGUGAACAUCCUGCGCUGCAUCAACCCGCAUUUUGCCAACGUUCGGGACACUGGUGUGAAGCAAAAUCUCAUCCGUACAGUGGAGUUGAUAGGCAAAGCAUUGCACCCCGACCACCUGAAGAACAAGGACUUUGUGUUUUCAAAGCGAGCCGACCUAUUGGGACACAUGCAGAGCUACAUCAAAGCCGAACCCCUGACGACCAUGCUGCGCCAUGAGACGGUGGCACUUGCAACUGACGCCUGCGCAACACUCAUUAAGCUGGAGCCUCGCUUGUCUGAGGCGGACGAGUUUGAGCUGAUCCGCAUCUGCACGGACGCCCUAUUCAGGCUGCCGUCGGUCGUGACCGCAGAGAAGCCCAGGGAGAAGGAGAAAGGUGGCGCCGACCUGUCGCAGGCCGCACUACAGGAGAGCGAACAGCUGAUGGAGAAGAGCCUGGUGUGCCUCAAGCGCCUCCUCUGUCAGCUGCUGCUCAAGGACGUGACGGCCGAGGGACUGCAGCGCAUCUACAAGCAUUUGGAACCGUUCAUCACGUCUGCUCGCUCUCACGAGCGCCUGCGUUCCAUCGACGUAUGCGUGUCCACGCUGGAGUUCUUCUACGAGAAGCUGGAAGUGCCCGCUGACUCGAAUGCGGCUCAGUUCUUCAACUUGCCCAGCAUUCUGGCACGCUUUGGUCCGCGCUGCUCUGACGAGAGCCUGCCCGUGAGACAGUUUGCCGUGCAGGGCAUCAAGUGCACGCUGAAGAUUGCUGGCCUGUAUGACGGCCAGUCCAAAUCGGAGAAGGAUGACAUUGUGGAGGCGCUGGAUAUACUGAAGGAACGCUCGCUGGCACAGGAGCCCAAUGCCCUGUUCGCAAUGGUCAACGACUGUUCAAAGGUGCUUGCGAAGAAAGUACCUUCAGUUCAACUGUCGGAGUUUGUGUUCAUUCUCCUGGACGGCCUGAUUGAUCCGGACGCACAGAGCUCCAGUGGCACGUGUGUUGUUCUCAACAGUCUGAUGCGCCAGCGCGGCGGAGAGCUGUCAACAGAGGUGGAGAAGUUUGUGAAGAGUGUUCACGAGCGUCUGGGCCGCAUCGUGGUGCCGCAGACGCGGACAGGCACCUUGCGCAGCCUGCGCACAUUUGCCGGCCACCACUUGAUUGCAGUACUGACCACGCUGCUGGAAUUCCCACUGCCAUACGAUCCAUCCAUAGUAUCCUGCUGGCAAACCCUGGCUGGUGACAAGCAGUUGACCAAGAUGAUGUUUGAGCACGUGCUAGACCUGCUCACCAACAGCUUGCCGUAUAAGGAGAGGGCAGAGCGCGGUGCAGCGCCCGUUUUCCUGCCGGCGCCCGGACCCAUGGCGGCCACAUGUGCUCUGACGGAGAUCUUCCGUACGGACGAGACCGAGGAGGUGGUGCAGUCCAUGUUCCAUCGCCUGUUCUCGCAGGUCAUCCUACGCAUCGGCUGUGCCACCGUCAUCCGGAAACCCGAACAGGGCAAGAACGCCGCCGCUGUGAGUGACCCGGCCAAGGAUGCAGUGGCGUGCCUGCGCGAGCUGCUUGUGCGCACCGAGCUCUCGGAAGUGGUGGCUACUAUGGACGAGGCGUUUGCUUUCAACAUGCUGGGAGGAUUCGACUUUCCGCAGGGCAUCACCAUACUCGGAAGAGCGCUGUGCUUGUCAGCACCAAAGUACGUGGGCCAGGUGGUGACCAGUCUGACCGGCAGCCUGUCUAGCCUUUACGAACAGCACCGCGUGGUCACAUGCUCAUUCUUUGCUGAGUUGAUCAAUCAGAAAUGCUUGGGAGAUAUGACUCUGGUGGAGAUGCAGAUGAACAGCCUGCUGGGACGCCUGAUUGACCAGUCUCACAUUGUGCGCAUGCUGUGUAUCCGCGGACUGGGGAACGUCUCGGAGCUAGGGUCCGAUCAGGUACACAAGUACUCCACGACUAUCCUCUCCGCUAUGAUGUCGGGUAUGGAUGACCGGGAUGACCCGAUGGACUUGAUCACGCUGGAGUCCAUGUCCGGCCUGUCUAAGAUCAUCUCGCAGAUCGAGGAGGGCCACGUCCGUGCCAUUCUCAUCAACAUUGCGCUGAGAAUUCGGCCAUGCUUCGAGAAGCCUAAGCCUGAAGUACGUGCUGCAGCUUUCACCUUGUUUGGCAAGCUGUCCAAGUUUGGCGAUGGACCAUCGCGUGCUCCAUUCCUUGAACAGAUCCACAACAACUUUAUCAGUCUGCUCAUGCACAUGAACGAGGGUGACAUGUCCGUUGUGACGUCAUGCAAGGAGGCACUGCGUGAGGUGGGUCCGCUGCUGGGGUCCGAGGCCGUCAACGAGAUGUUCCAGCGGCAUCUGAUACCGGGUGGCAGCCUGCACUACGGAGAGUUCAUGAACGAUCUCGCGCGUCUUCUGAUUACAGACUUCAACGACAAGAUCAGUUUCUACGCCAUGGGGUGUGUGACCUUCUUCAAGAGCAUGUGGCCACCAAUAAAGGCAAACGCGGCUAUGUUUGUUGGAUUCUUGCUUGGCAACCUGCCCAUGGAAAGACGUAAGCAAAUGUCCAAAGAGCACAUCUGCGGAGCCCUGAUUCUACUUUUGCGUGACCCAGCGCCGGAGGUAAGGAUCGCGGCCGCCUCAGCAUCCAGCCUUCUGUUUGAAUUCUAGUGUUACUGCACACGAUGCAGUGCAAGUACAAAUGCCCGUGUCAUUGCAGGUAGGAGUGACUGGUGUAUGCGAGAUCCGGAGAACGUUGACACCCUUUCCAUCCCAUCCCAUUUUUGAAAAUAUAUUUCCAAAUACGCUUUGUAUCAAAUCUGCUUCUUUUCUUCUUCUUUUUUUCUCUUUUCAUACUUCUUGUUAACUCUGUCCCAUACUCACAUGGUAAAACGUACAUACAACUAGAAAUGUCAUGAAAUUGAUUGUUACAUCAUCAAACGCAUGAUUGCCACUGCACCCUUCUCGCAUGAUUUCGCUAUUAUUUCGCCAGUGGAUGUUCCGUUAUUGCGUGGGCAUUCUUCGUGAGAAAGUGUGCGUGCAAGAGAGUGAGUGAUGGUGCGUGUGUGUGUGUGUGUGUGUGUGUGUGUGUGUGUGUGUGUGUGUGUGUGUGUGUGUGUGUGUGUAUGUGUGUGUGUUUAUCCCUUGUGUGAAGCACUGCUGCAAUGUCUUAUGCUGUACAAAGCUUUUACUACCCAUUCUCUUUGUUUCUGUUGGCUUUGUGCGUUGUUAACUUUCUCUAUUUUUUUAUUUGCUCUCAUGGACUUUGAGGGCUGUAUAUGUUGGGAGAUGUGACAACGUGGCAUUGUUCGUGUAUCCGUAGGUGUGUGUUUGUUUUUCCUAUUUUCUAUUCUGCUCCUCUGGCAAUACCUGUCCCGUACGUGUGAACCUUAUCUCUGUUUGUUGCCUCUUUCCUGCCCUGCUGCUGCUGCUGCUGCUGCUGUUGUUGCUCUGUUGGUCUUAGUCUUUUCUGUCCAUAGCUGUCUCCCGCUGGUCACCGUUAAUUGUCCCUUUUGCCUCAUUGCCACAGCUCCAUUUUGACCCGAACAGUGUUGUGCCUGCAGCCAGAUUGUCUUGCUGUUAUGAGCUUGCAGCCCAUGCUGUAGCCAGACCCAAGGAUGUACAUGUACAGUGUGUGGGUGUGUCAUGCUCAGCCACUCGUUUGGAUUUUUCGUUGCUAUUAUUUAAUUGAAGGUGUGCUUCUGUUUUACUGCGUAUCCUUGCAUCAUUCUUGCAUUCCUGAGUCGUAUUGCUUGUAUCGUAA